GAAAAUAAAUAAAACUGUGGAGGACAGGAAUGAACGUAUGGUGAGUGGUGACUGGGAAGCGCUCUUGGCAUGGCAAAUUUCCCGCCAAUCCUGGUCUCUUGCGGUCAAUGCUCUUCCUCUCUCUCUCGCCUUCCCAUUCCCUCAGCCUUCCGCUUAUCGCAUUUUCCAGGAUUUUUUGGACCAGAAUCACAAGACUGAAAUUUCAAGGUGUUCUCAAAGAUUUGGAUUCAAGCUGAAUGGCUCAUCAUUGCAAGUAAUCUGAAGAAAUAGAACCACCAUUAAUGGUUCCUUUUGAACAUAUGUCAUGGUGCUUGUUCUAUACAGCUAUGGCAUACACUUGAACUGAACAUCUUUUUGGGCCUCAAAGAAGAGAUUCUACAUAUUGCGGAAUUACUAUUUGUUUGUUUUAUCCAAGAGACACACUAUAAGUAAUGGAAAUUCAACAGGCGCCACCUCAGCUAUCCCGAGUUGGGGGUUUGCAAAAACAAACAAGUGCGCCUCCUUUGGAGCAUGGCUUUGGUUUAUUGGGAUCUAUGCUUUUACAUGGAGAGUUAGACUUAUGGAUUAUGGAAGCCAAAUCCCUACCAAACAUGGAUCAAGUAAAAGGUUUAGCCCAAUUCAAUGAUCGUGACACCAGUGAUCCAUACGUAUCAGUAUGCGUGUCCGGAGCAAGUAUAGCUCGAACAGCUGUGAUCCGAAAUUGUGAAAACCCUUCAUGGGAUGAGCAUUUUCGGGUGCCCAUAGCUCAUUCAGUCGAGAAAGUGGAGUUUCAUGUAAAGGACAAUGACGGUUUAGGGGCAGAAAUGAUUGGCUCCGUGGAUAUACCCGUAGAUGAUAUCCUUGAUGGGAAUGAAGUAAAUGGUUGGUUCCCCAUCCUUGGAUCUUCGGGCUCUCCCGUGAAAGCUGGAGCUGAAUUGCAUCUCUCUAUUCAUUAUAGGCCCGUUGNAAACCUUUUUACCCAUCAUCAGAAGUGUGUUCUUGUUGACACUGAGGCUCCUGAUUAUUGUAGAAAAAUUACAGCCUUUAUUGGUGGCCUGGAUUUGUGUGAUGGCAGAUAUGACACCCCUGAGCAUCGUAUUCUUACUGAUCUCGACACUAUCUUUGAAAAUGAUAUUCACAACCCUACAUUUUCAGAUUCCGUGUCUGGCCCAAGACAACCAUGGCAUGAUCUACACUGUAAAAUUGAGGGUCCUGCUGCAUAUGAUGUACUGACUAACUUUGAACAAAGAUAUAGAAAAUCCGCAAGACGAAUGUAUUUAAAUAUGAAAAAGAUUAGGCAUCGGAGUGCAGAUGCUUUGCUGAAUGUGAGACUAAUUCCUUACAUUAAUCUCCCUUCUGCGGGCCCCGAUGGCCAACAUUGUGUACAUGUAACUAGUGAAGAUGAUCCAGAUAACUGGCAUGUGCAGGUGUUUAGAUCAAUUGAUUCUGGAUCUGUCAAGGGAUUUCCAAAGGAUGUUAAGGAAGCUGAGGCCCAGAAUCUUGUCUGUGGAAAGGCUUUGCGAAUAGAUAGAAGCAUACACAUUGCAUAUGUGAAUGCAAUAAGAUUUGCUCAACGCUUUGUUUACAUAGAGAAUCAGUAUUUUAUUGGCUCUUCGUAUAACUGGUCCUCACACAGAUAUGCAGGUGCUAACAAUCUAGUGCCUAUGGAAAUAGCUUUGAAUAUUGCCAGUAAAAUAGCAGCAUAUGAGGAUUUUGCUGUGUAUAUUGUGAUUCCAAUGUGGCCUGAAGGCAUCACUACCAGUUCUGCAGUCCAGGAAAUUCUCUUUUGGCAGCACCAAACAAUGUCUAUGAUGUAUAAAAUCGUGGCACGGGCUCUUGAAAGUGCGGGCCUCUCUGAACGCCAUCCUCAAGACUACUUGAACUUUUAUUGCCUUGGUAAGCGAGAACCUGCUACCCCAGGAAGUGACAAUGAACCUAGUACACCUCCACAUGACCGUGCAUUGAGAUUAUCUCAAAAGUUCCGCAGAUUUAUGAUCUAUGUACAUUCCAAAGGUAUGAUAGUUGAUGAUGAAUAUAUCUUAAUGGGUUCUGCAAAUAUCAACCAGAGAUCUUUGAGUGGAUCCAGAGACACAGAAAUUGCUAUGGGAGCUUAUCAACCACAUAAAACGUGGGCCACCAAGAAAAGCCUUCCACAAGGCCAGGUCUAUGGCUACAGAAUGUCUCUGUGGGCCGAGCAUCUAGGAGAGCUGGAGGCUUGCUUUCAAAAGCCACAGAGCAUCAAAUGUGUCAGGCGCGUGAACGAGAUCGCCAGAUACAACUGGAAAGCCUUUGUGGCAGAUGAGUACCAAGAUAUGAGGGGGCAUCUGAUGCCAUAUCCGGUUCAGGUGAGCCGGUCCGGAGAGGUCACCUCUCUGCCCGGUUUUGAAUGCUUCCCCGACGUCGGGGGAAGCAUUCUCGGAUCCUCCACUAAUCUCCCAGAUGCUCUCACUACAUAAAGCACUUGAGGCUUGUAGAGACAAUUGGAAAUGAUGGAAAAUCACUCAAUGAAAGGGCUAAGAUAUG